AUGGGACCAUUUGGAAGUAAACAUACUAAAUGUGAAAGACAUUCAAAUGCAACAUCAGAAAGGCAAAAAAAAUUAUUCUUGCCAAGAUUACGAAAACGUCUAUUUCAAAGAUCUGUUAGUUCAUGGAAGCGUAACAGAAAACGAUCAUCAGAUAAGCAUAGAAACGAAAAAUCACAUGGAUCACACUUACGUCGGAAACGUGACGAAUAUUCAAUUGACCAUCGGAAAGAAAAUAGCAAAGAAACGAGAAUUGGAAGGGAAAGAAGUGAAAAAGAGCAAAAAGAAGCAAAAACUUCGAUUAAAAGAGAAGGAACCGAGCGACAAUCAAGCAAAAUUCCGAGCAAAAUCUCAAAAUCAGCGCAGCGGCCAAGAAAGACUGAAUUGCGAAGAAGUCUCAAAAAUACUGAAUCACACGAGUCAACAAGAGCGCCAUCAGAAGCUCAUUCUACAACCAGUGACUCAACAAUUCAUAGGAUGCCGGAUAUUGCGGUCCAAGAAUGCCAAAGGAAGCACAAAAGAAAGGUAGCAGUCAAAAAUUCCUGUGAAACAUUACAAUCGUGGCACAGAAUUCCCGGAUGGUCGCCUUCUUUAUCAAGUCGGCAAAGCAUUAGAAAUGUCCGGAAAAGGAUCAAAGCAUUCUUUAGCCGUCCUAUGCAAGAUGCAUCAGUGCAAAAAUUUGUUGAAAAAAUUAAAAAACGGAAUGAAUUGCGGAAAGGAAGCAUUUUCAAGGAGGAAGUGCCAGAAAUACCAUUACGGAGUGCAGAUGAGAAAUUUCCAUUCAGACGUCGAGUUGAGAGGUAUGAACCAGGAAUGAGAGAGGAAGAUAUUAAAAUUAUUUUACUCAAGAAACCAAUUCCAAAAGUGAUCAACAAUGACAAUGAAGGAAAGCUAUUCGAUGAAGAUGGUCUACCAUUUUGGAGUAAAUUUAGCAAACUACAAAAGAAUAGCGAGAAAAGUAUUGAAGAGACAACCGAUGAUGACCUACCCAUGGAUUCGGAAAUAUUGCUUGACGUUCAGGCUGGGCUGCGCAAACUUGUUAAAAUGCCCAAAGUCAGGUGA